AUGCAGAAAUUUCAAGACUUCCUCAUUUUCACAGUUGCCUCCCGAGCAGCGCAGUGCGUGCAGGUCUCCAUCUCCCAGGUGACCAUCCGGUUCCGACCCAGCAGCCUGAGCUCUCUGCCUGAGCAUCUCCACCGUACUCUCGCCCUCCGCCUCGACUCCCUCAGCCUCAGCAACGGCCAUCCAGCCUCCUCUGACUUGCUGCUUCCCAGGGCAAAGGUGGUGGACGUGCGGGGCUGCAAGCUUGAGCUCGUGAACGAGUCGAGCAGGCCUUCCGCUCCAUCGUCAGGGGUUCAAGCGGGGAAUGACAGUGCUCCAACUGGCAAGACGGAUUCGUCUAGCAGAUUGCACAGGCAGGCUCCGCAUAGGCCUGCUGUGACUGUGGUGAAGCGCUGGAGCUUCUCUGUGACUGUGGAGGCAGGAUGGGGUUUAUGGCACCAGGGAAGCAAGAACAGUGGAGUGGUGGUUUCUGCCUCGCUGGACAUGGGCGCUCUCAUCAUGAGUGCGAAUGAACUGGUGGUGCAGUAUCUGUCUGGCUUGGCUGUGGACUUGGCUGAAUUCACAGACUAUGCCAAGUACAGGCAAACUCGCCCUCGUGCUUCAGUGCUUGAGGAUCCCAGGGCAUGGUGGCGGCAUGCCAUUGGAAGCGUGGCACGAGAUCUCCGAGCAGCGGCAAUGGACGUUGAGCUGACAGGGCUGUCGCAGUCCCUCCAAGCCACCCUGCGCCUGCAGUAUGAGAAGCAGUACAGCGACUUCGUUGCAGGGCGCUGCUGGUCCGUGGCGUCUGCUCAGACGCGCCUGCAACAACUGGAGCAGCAGCUUGGCACUCUCAACUGCGCGUUUGUGCGGUUCAGGGUGGCGCUGGCGGCAGAAUCUGAGGGGUUGACCCACAGUGAGCCUGCAUGGGACCAGCACAUGACCAACGUGAGAAACAAACUCCAGGAUCUGAAGUACCUUCUUUCUGGUGGCUCCAUCCCUGAGCCUCAGGCACAUAAGCCGGUCAUCGAGGUCAGCAGCAGGUUUACAUGCCCCAAGCUGUGCGUCUUGUUGACGUCAGCGUCAGACCUAGAUUGGGGUGCUGAGGUGUCGCUGCAUGAGGUGGCGCUGAGGUUCACUGAAACGGGUUCUCUUCAUGCUGAGGUGUCAUGCAGAGAGCUUCUGGUACGAAACUUCUAUGUCCCUGAGAGCGAAUUAGUAGGGAACAUCGUGCACUCUGUCAGCUUCUCCCAAACCUCCGCCUUUCCUUCCUCUUCAGCCUCCUCCCCUUCCAUUGGUCCUCGUGCCUCGUCCCCAUCACCUCCAGUGCCUGGCUCUAGUCAACCGUCCCCACUGCAUCCUUCUCUAAGCGGUCCUGCUGUGCCUGCUGCAGCAGCUGGAGCUGCUGCAUCGUGCUCCCUUUCCUCGGGCUCCACUCCCUUCUUGGCUGUCUGUUUUGUCCAAAGGUACGGCUCUCGGCCCCGUCCCUGCCAGCUGCCCACCUGCCUGGUCGGCAGGUGGCAUCUCACCUGCCCCUCAGAACUCAAGAAGCCAAGUUCAGGCCGUUUUUUCCAGUUUCUUCGAGCAGUCCGGUCUGACAAGUACAUCAAAGCAUCGCAGCAGAGCCCGAAAGCCGCGUUGACACCAGGGGAGAUGCAGCAGCAACAACAUGUACGGGAUCCAGUGGAAGGGGUGGAGCAGAGGAAGCAGCCAACACAUCCAAGUACAGAGGGAAGCAGGGGAAGCAAAGGAGAGUAUGGCGAGACAAAGUGGAAUGGGGAGCGUGAGCUCGGCGUGUUAGAGCUUGGGUGGGGCGAGGACGAGUUGCAGCGGCUGCAUACUCGAGUGGAGGCGCACAUGUCUCCCCUUCGAGUCUUCCUCGACCGCCGAUGGCUUUUCCAGCUCAUGCAGCUUCUCUCCUCGUCUCCCUCGACGCAAUCCCAGCCAACUGCAGCCAGCCAAGGCAGAGCACUUAGCCAUUUAGCCUCACAGGCUGGGAAGGGUGUGAGUAGCCGUGCUCAGGCUGGAGCUGGUGGAGGGAAAGGACUGGGAGGAGAAGGUGCAAGGGAAAGAGGUGGGGAGAUGGCAAUGGGGGACGCAGCUGGUGGUUCAGGUGACAGUGAGUGGAUGCCGGAUAUCACCAAGCAGCAGCACUACCUGUACCGGAGAAGGGGAGACUCUGGAAGCGUAGAUUCCUGGAGCAACGGUGCUGCUACUAGUGCUGCAAAGAGGCCUCCAGGCACACCCGGUGGUGGCGCGGGACAGAACUGUGGUGGUUUCAGUGAUGGUGGUGCUGCGUCGCUGAACCCGACUCUCUUCGCGGAUCUGCAGGAAUACGUGAGGGAGUUUGGGCAGCACGUGGCGAGGAAGCGAGUGCAGCAUGUCAGGGAGAACCUGCCAGAGAUCGCUGCCCGGGUUGGCAGCAUACUCUUCAUCAUCCCAUGCCGCGACAUUGCCGUCAUGCCUCGUCCAUCAUCAUCAGCAUCAGCCGGCCCUCAGCGCUCAUCGGUGCCUUCAGCAGGAGGUGACGGCGACUUUCAGGCAUUCUUUGGCAUGGGGAUGGACCACCAAGCACCACCAUCACAGCCGCAGCAGCAUCAGCAUCAGCAUCACCGCCAACAGCAGCGGCCACAGACACAGCAGCAGAACAAUGCUCAAGCGUGGCAGAACCAGGGAACAGGAGCACAGAGAGCGAGACCUGCACCACUGACCCCUCCCCUGCUGGUCAUAUCCCUGUCAGAGAUCGUUCUGGACACAAGGCCGACUGAAAGUUCCAUUCUUCAGAAGCAGGAUGUCACCUCAGAAUCAGCAGCGUCAUCCAGCGACCAAUCCCCAGCUGCCAAGUGGCGCAAGGUGGUGGCGUCCAUGGCAUCGCACAGGGGAUGGAUGCAGCGGCAGCAUGUGGGCCCACUGCCGCCCAACUCUCUGGAGCAGGUCCAGGUGGAACUCACACUUGAGGCUUACCUGACUCGUGCUUCUCUCUCCAAUGUUGCCGAUUUGCGGGAAAGGGUGGACUUCUUAAAGUCAGUGUCAGUCAGCGCAUCCGUCUGUCGCUGCACUGAACCUAUUCGAGAAACCGCAACCACUCUGCUGAGUGUGGAGCUGGUCACGUCAGUCUUCAUCGUUCAGCUCUCGCCGCUCAUUGCCAAGGAGGUGUCCCGCCUUGUGCACACUUUAAACGAGACCUUUGCAAGCACCGGAGACCUCUCCUCAACCAGCAAGGAACCGCCACCACCCCCACCUGUUACACCUGGAGCACACCAGCUCGGGUGGAGGUUCUCCUUAAAGACCCCCUUCUUCUUACCCUUGCUCUCCCGCCUCCACCCCCCACCUCUCACUCACAUCACAUCCACCUGUCUGCAGGGAGGUGGUUUCCUGGUCGAGGCGUGUCAGGAGAUGGUGCCGCACAGCAAGGCUGACUGCCCGUACGGCGUGUGCCGCUGCCGCCAGUGGGUGCCUUCGUCUGACACCGCUGUGGUACUCGUCUCCACCGCCGAGGACCUGCGCGGAUGCCCCCCCAGCACUUCCAAAUCAGUUCCUCCAACUGCUGCUGUUGCUGCUGCUGCUGCUGCUGCUGCUGCUUCUUCUUCUGCUGGAGGUUCUGCUUCAGCUGUGGAAGGCCAGCGCCAUGAGCCGGUGGUGGUGGUGUUCCGAGUGAGGCUGGACAAGAUUCGAGUGGAGGCAGAGCAGCACAAUGAUAAGUUAUCUCUCCUAUUGCUGCUCAGAGGACUCUCCAGUGGCCGUAUCCUCCCUCCUAUCGCGAUGGUGCGGGAACUGUUUCCACCUGGCAAGGCCAUGAUGGCACGGGUGUUCUACCGAUGGCGCCUUCAGACAGUGGUGGCGAGGGGUUGCAGCGAUGAGGCCAUAUUUGCUGCCUACGAGUCGCUCCAGCGGGCCAAGGCUCAGGUUGCUGUUCAGCUGCAGGAGGCAGGAACAUUGCACCAGGUGGCUGUGAAAGUCGCCCUCCUCCCAUUCUCCUGUGACACCAAUAACCUAUCCGCGGUGCUCACCUUCCUCACUCACCUUCAAGCCGCUAUCUCUCGGACCACCUCUGCUCCACGGGGUCCCUCAAAUUCCCGAGCUCGCCAGAUGCUGACUUUUGGAAGCAGCGAAGUGGAGAGGGACUCGUGGGGCGAGCCCACACCCACUGCUUUACCCUCCAGCCGCCCGACUUCUUCGUCUGGCCGGUCGCGUGUGUCUUUUAGAGAUGCAGCAGAGGACAGCGUGGAAAGCGAAGAUGAGACGGAGGAGGCACAAGGCGGGGAGAGGUGGUCUGGGAAGCAGGUGGGGGAUGGAAUGGCAGAUGGUUCCGAGUUCGGGCCUCGCGUGCGGAGGACUGGGGGUGGGAAGCGGUUGAGCAUUGGAGAGCUGCCCGUUGACGGAAGCGAGGCAGGCACGGAUGUUGACGAGGAUAAUGAGAGGCAAGGAAAUAGAGUGUCUCUGGAUGAUAGCCCCCUCGAUAUCCUGGGUCCGUGUUCUGAAUGGCACCCUAAUGGAGCGCCCUGGGAGGGCAUGAGUGAGAGGAGAACACGAGGAAGGAGCAGGGAUGGUGGAGAGAAGGACGGGAGAGGUGAAGGGUGCCGUGUGUAUUCAACGAGCGGUUGGAGGGAGAGGAGGAGGGGUUGGCAGGGAAGCAGUGGGGAGGGAGAGGCAGCGGGUAGCGAUGCAACGAGUGAAGUGUGGAAGCUGCAGGCGGAGCUGGGAUGUGGAAUGGUGAUCAUGUCCAUUGGGGGAGUUUCUUUUGGCAGCGUCAUCAUGCAGAGGGUGAAGGUGGAUUUGACCUCGCAGCCAGAUGCCGUGGAUGUGGACCUGACAGUGGGCGAUCUGGAUGUGGUUGACAUGCUCGCCAACUCCAAGCACUACGCUCACAUUUUUGAGCCCAACGGAGACCUUCCAAGCCUGAACCUCGUUGUUCGGCAGAACAUGGUGCAGCGAGGGCCGAACCUACCUGCCAAACCUCAGGUGUGUGUGUUUGUGGAGAGCCAGCAGACGAGGAUGACGGCCAUCUUCCGCUUCUUCAACGACUUUGCUCUCUUCGUGGAGCGCAUGGCCCCCAUAUUCUCAACCCCCCAGGCAUCCGGUCCAUCCAAAAAAGACGGCGUCUCAGCCAAGGGCCAGGAUGGCAAGAGGGAGGGGUUUAAGCAGGGUAAAGGGGAGGGCAAAACAGCUGGGGAUUCAGAGGGAGGUGAUGCGCCUCCACUGGUGUUUCUGCACAUCUCUGACCUGUCUCUCUGCCUUCCAGUGUCGUCAUGGAGCGAGGAGUCUCUGGAUGUGCGAGUCGAGACCAUCAACCUCAUCGUUCCCACUCCGGCUUCUCAGCGCCUGUCCCAGCACACACUGCUCAGACUCGCAACAGGCAUCCGCCCGCGGGACCCCUCCUUCUGGAAGCCGCUGGUGGAUGCUCUGGACCGCUCCCCCCCCGCUUCCCCCGACUCCAUUGGCAUUCAGCUCUCCCGCUUUGGGGCCUACUGGUCUCCUUCUAAGACCAUCACCCCCAAGGUGGAGCGAAACAUCGUCUCUGAGGGUGGUGUCUUCAUCUCCGUGCAGUCGAACCCAUCACGUGUGCACGUGCACUGGCCUCAGGUGGAGAUCCGUCUGGGCCCCACUCAGUACAACGCCAUCAUGACCCUCAUCUUCCAGAACCUCGCAGAGGGCUGCUCCUUCACAGACGACCAGGUGUACAACCCGCAGGUGGGUCGCCCCAUGGGCGGCGAGGCUGCUCCUCCGGACCCCUGCAUCAGCCUGGCAGGGCUCACCCCCGACUUGGAGAUUCAGCUCGACUUCGGCCGCGCUGUCAUCCACGCCGACAUGGAGCAUCCAGCCACUCUGGUUGAGAAUGGCUUUGGCGACCCCCUUUUGUCCUUGAGGGCGCAUCGCCUCACCAUUGUCUACUCGAACUACACUGAUUUCUCGCAAGUGACAGUGAAGGCAUUUCGCCUGCUCUUGGUGGAUGACCGCUUCCUCAAAUUCUCCCAGUCGGAGCUGGCCCUCGUCGAGACCAACAGCUCGCGGGCCAAGCCAUCCCCCACCGCACCUUCCGCAUCCACCCGCCUCUCCACACCCCCCAACCACCCCCGCCCCUACACCACCUCCCUGGGGGGCGAGUCCGGACAAGGCCUUGGGUGCGACCUGGACAGGUCGUUUCUGGUGAACGUGGUGAUGAAGCAGGAGGGCACAACGGGCGUGCAGGUGGUGUUUGAGCGCACCAGCAUCGUCUGGCCGUUCUACACGGACCUGUCUCUCGUGUGGGAGUUUCUGGAGGUCGUGGCCGGGUACUUUCAGAAGCCGGGGUGUGCGCUCGGGCCUGCCAGCCUGCAGCCAGAUUCGUGGCUCAUGGUCAACAUCCUGCUGCACGACUUUGACCUGUUGCUGCCAGUGCCAGAGGAGAGCCUCAUCAACGUCUGCCCGCCUCCCUCCAGCUCCCAUCCCUCCAGCCCUCCUGCCAACCCUCUUCUUGCGACCCCAUCACCAAUCACUGCUGACCCUCCAGCCUUCCACUCGGCCCCCUCGCGUAUGCCUCCUCCCUCCUCUCCGUCUGACCGCUUCUACGAUGCUUCGGAGGCUCUCCCUGCCAACCGACGCAGCGGCAGUGUAGUUGCAGGUGCUGGUGGUGGUGCUGCUAGCAGUGGCUUUGGCCGCAGUGGCAGUAGUGACAGCGGGAAGUUUGAAAGUGCAAGGAACACGUUUGAGGAGCCAGUGUGGGUGCCAGAGCUGCAAGUGUGGAGCGACGAUGUGGAUCUCUUCCUCUCAGAGCUCAAAGCCCACGGGCUCAAGAUCAGGGGACAGACUUUGCGAGUGGGGCAUUUUGCAGGAGGGGACAGGGAGAGCAAGCUCCUGGUAGACUUUAUCCGCGUCAGCAGCGUGUUCGUACACCAGUCUCAGUACUUUGCCCCUCACGAUGUUCUCGGGGAGUUCACUGCUCAGCUGCUGUUCAGCCAGCAUUCGCCCAAGUGCGUCAGUCGGCAGGCCAGCCUGCUGUCGCUGCACAUCACACCUGAUCUCCAUCCAUCGCUCUCCUCAACUGCACCUUCUCCGUCUGCUGCUUCUGCUGCUUUCCCUGCCUCCGUCACGGGAGGGCAGUCCAGCAGCAGCGCCUUCAAGUCUGGCCGUCUGCCAGUUUUCUUUGUUUUCUCUCAUCUCGUGGUCCUUAGCUCGUUCCUUCGAACGCUCAGCAUCCGCCUGAAGCGGAGCGAGGGCAACCUGCUGCAUCAGAACCUCGACCUGUAUGGGGACCCUCUGCCACCCGCCUUUGUGCCGUCCAAGCUGGCCGUCAACCUCCAGAUUCACGAGCUCUUUGUCGCUCUCAUCGACGACAGGAUGGGCAAUCCCACGUCGGUGCUGGAGCUGGUGGCGAAGGGCAUCAUCUUCAGCGCCACCAGCCAGAUUCUCACCGAUGGAGGACCCGAGCUGCUCUCCUGCCGCCUCUCCCUCACUCUCCUCUCCAACUUCCUCAACUCCGGCUUCGAGAUCAUGGAGCCAAUGACGGAGUCCUGGAAGUUGGGGGCGGAUGUGAAGUCCACAGGCAACCACGUGACAAUAGCCGUGCAGUCACACCAGCUGCUGAACGUCAUGUUCACGCCCAUGCAGCUGCGCUCGCUGGGCGACGCCCUCAACUUCUACUCGCUGCUCUCCAACUCGCUGUCCGUGCUGCCGGGGGGCAGCCUGCACGGUGGAAGCGACCGUGACGAGGUUGGUUCUUUAGCGUCCUCAACAGUUCAUGGCGGAUCUGUUCCACGUGCCACCUCCGCCCGGAUGACAAGAGCAAUGAGCAUGCUGAGGGCACGCGAGUAUUUCCCCAAGUCCGGAACCCUUGCAGAGACGUUGGAGGCGUCACUGCAGGAGGUGGCGGUGGGAAUGGUGAGCUACAGAAUCGUCAACCUCUCGGGCCACACUCUCUACUACUGGACUGAGAAGGAUGAGGAGAAGUCCAAGACGUACUCAGUUGAGGAGGGCGAGGAGCAGGUGCUGGAGGUGCAGCCGGUGCAGAAGGUGGUCACUCUCAGAGACACGCGCAAGAUCCUUGCGCGCACCAUUUGUGUCAAGCUCAAAGGGGACUGGCUGCCAAUGAACGACAUAGUCAUGGACAAGGUGGGAAAGUACGUGAUGGACCUGCGGCUGCCGGGGAGCACAGUGGUGCUGCCGGUGGUGUUUGACGUGACGCUCAAGUCGCGCACCAAGAUCAUCACCGUGCACUCCACCAUGCACCUCCGCAACAACAUCGACGUCCCCCUCGUCUUCUUCGCCCUCCUGCCCAGCCCCAAAGAGACCGGAGUCGAGACUGCCAAGUCCUCCUCGCAAGUCAAGAAGUUCUCGCUUGGCCCCAUACAUCCUGAGCAUGACAUCUUCAUGCCCAUCUUUGCAGCUUUGGGAGGCCAACUCAUGGCUCAGGCACAGGGCUUUGCGCGGGCAGAGAAGGACGUGGUGGCGCUGGAUCCAGAGCACCUGCUGGAGCAGCAGGGCCUGCUCGAGUUCCCCAUCCUCAACCAGGGCACGCGUUCCCCGCUCGUGGGCAGAGGCAGCAGCGGCGGCGGCAGCAGCAGCAACAGGCUGCUCAGCCGCUUUGGGAGCAUGACACGGAGGCAUAGUGACGGCGGGGGGAGCCUGAGACUGAGUGAACUUGGGAGUGUGAGGAGGGGGAGCAUGGCGAAUGGAGGAGAGGAUGAGUUUGAUAGGGGCAGUGAUGUGGGUACAUCGGAAGAGGAUUUUGACAGUGCGAGUGAUGUGAGGAGGCCGUUCUACUGCUGUCUGCAGGUCAUCUCAGAUCCUCUGGCACACAGUGCGAGCAACGGGCUGUAUGAGGAGUUCACGCUGUCCUUUGUGCCCCCUGUGGCCAUUCAAAACGGGCUGCCAUACGACUUGGAGGCGUUUGUGUGGGACGUGGAGUGGGGCACACGACACAUUGUCUACGUCCCUUCUGGCGAGUCCCGAGACCUCUAUCACGUCAGCCUGGACCACACGUUGCAGAUGCACAUCGCGCUCUUUGUGCCAGGGGGGGAGUACAGGACGCGUCGCCGAUACCCCAUCCACUUCCCUCCCAACCCGUUGCUCCAGAAGCAGUUUGGCAGCCGAGCUUUCGCCUACGACGUCCGCACUCUAAGCCUGGCCGUCAAGUGCCGCCUCUUCCCGCAGCACUCCCCUGCAGCCUCGCCCAUCACACUCUCCAUCGACAACCGCCACAACUGGCAGUCACGCAACCGCAGCAUCGCACUGCUUGCUCACUACUGGGUCAUCAACCUCACCAAGUUCCGCCUGAAGCUCUCCACUGGCUCCUCAAAGAAUCCCCUCGACUGCCCGCGGUAUCAAGAGGGCCAGCCCGCCUUGCUGAACGUGCGCCGGGGGGCUAUCACGGCGAUCAGCCUCGAUGGCUAUCAUUGGUCGAAGUCGAUUUCGAUAGAUUCUGUUGGGAUCAAGGGGUCGGUUGCGGUUGCUGGGCCUGCGUCCACCAUGCUCCCACAGAACCACCAGCAUCACUCGCAAUGGCAUCACGAGGACUCUUCACCGCAUGCUGAGUUGCUGCGGCAGCAGACGGCGGAGGAAUGGGAGAACGUGGUGCAGCUGGAUGCUCCUGCUGGCGCUCCCUCUCGCCACACCACCUCGUCCAUGUCACCCUUCCCAGCCCUGCGGCGAUUCGAGUUCGGGGUGGAGGUGCGGCUGGCGCCGUCGCUGUGCGAGGGCACGAAGCUCGUCAUCAUCUCGCCGCGCUUCAUGGUGUCCAACCAGACCGGGCAGCCCAUGCAGAUCGCUCAGAUCGGCACCACCACUGCGCGGGUUCUGGCGGACAAGAUGCGACAGCCGUUCCACUGGGAUGACGAGAAGCUCGGGACGUACCUGGUGGCUCGGUUGCUGAGCAGCGAUGAUGAGGAGGAGGAUGACUUGGCUGAUGGUGAUGAGGAGGAGGAGGAGGGGGAGGAGGGGAAGGAAGGGGAGGAAGGGGAGAAAGGGGAGGAGGAGGAUGAGCACAGCUCGAGUUCUGAUGAAGAGCAUAGUGAGGGGGAGGAGGAGGACGGGAUUGGAGAGGGAGCGAGAGAGAGUCACGUAGCAGGUGAGGUAAGUGGGAUGCAGCGACUGAGGAGGGACUCAGAGGAUUCCCACGUGUCGUGCGAGUCGACGAAGGGCAGAGAGCAGGUGCAGGCAGGGGUGGGCAGCAUUGGUUCUGGAGGAGAUGCUGAUGGGGUGGAAAGCAGCUGUGAUAAGGUGAUGGGGUUGCCAAAGGGAAAGGAGAACGCAGCAAGUGGCAGGUUGCAGGGUAGUGGUAGCGACAGGCAGCAGCAGCAGGCCCACAGUGGUGCCAUUGGCAGCAGCCGUCAGCAGGUGGAGAGCAGUAGCAGUCAAAAGGGGGAUGGAAGCCACGAGAAAAGGGAGGAUGGAAGCAAGGGCGGCAGCAAAGGCGGGACUGGAUCUCGAAAGAAGAGUGCAGGAAAGGGACGGGGGAGCAAAGGAAGGGAGAUGGAGGUGGAUUGGGAGUGGUCUGGUGCGUUUGAUAUCGACAAGCCGGGUGAAUCUGCAGUGCGUAUCAGGCACAGACGCAAGAAGGGCAAGUACGCCAUCCUCUCGAUUGACGUCUCACUGAACGGCGCCUCUGCUCUCGUCACGUUUGACGUGUGCAGCUCCAAGCACAAGCCUCCGCCCUAUCGCAUUGAGAACCACUCAGCCUUCAUGAGCAUCAAGUACGGGCAGCUCACCACCCCCACGCGGCAAAGGCUGCCUCCCAACCGCUCCACCAACUACGCGUGGGACCAGCCGCGCAUGGCCCAGCUGCUGCAGGUGGAGAUCGAGGGGUUCGGUGUGACGAGAGAGUACGAUCUGGACGGCAUCCGCGAGCUGCCCACCAUCAUCCUCUCAGAAGACGACUUCACUGGCAAUGCGUCGCUGAGAGACAGGAUGUUUGUGAUGGUGGGGACGCAGGCCCGAGCGGUGGCAGCACUGUACGUGAACGUGUAUGCAGAUGGGGCCACCAGAGUACUCUCCUUCUCCGAUACCAAACACACCUCCAAGGUAUCGGAGGAGGACGAGCGCACCACGCUGCAGGAGAAGCUGCAGGUGACGAGUGAGCGAAUCGAUUUCGCCCGCAAGGUGCUGCAGCGCACUCGUGCUCUUGCAGGAGACUCUCCUCUGGAUGCUUCGGAGGCCAAGCCAUCGUACUUGGAGUCUCCUGAGUACAGUGCUGCCAUGGCCAGCUUCACACCCAACCAGCACCGAUCCACGCCCUCUGUGAGCAGCGCCUCGUCAUCUGGUCGCAGCGUCAUGCCACUCGGUCGCAGCAGUAGCGCCACUCCUGCCGCCGCAUCCACAAGCACCAACCCUCCUCGCUCAAUCGUAACUGCUGCUGGCGCUGGCAGUUCAAAGGAGCAGGUUUUCUCCAGUGCAGAUUCAGAGGGCUCCUCCCCUCGCACUCCUCCAGAGACUCUCCGAGUGUUUACUGGCAGCAGUCAUGAUCCUUCUCAUGCCAGUGAAGCCGUUGGUGAUCCAGAUCCAGUGACCACACCGUCCAGGAGCCCCCUCCAGAGAAGCUUUGCCCUUUCCUCCACUGCAGCAGCUGCUACUGCCAAAGAGGCCCGGGCUUCAGGCCUUGCUAACUGCAGAACUGUGAGUGACUCCUUUGAUGCCUCUGUUGAGCACGUGAAGUCGCAGCCAGGCAAGGCAGGGCUCCGUAGGAGCAGGAGUCAAGAGGCAGCGGUGUUGCAAGUGACCAAGGCAGGGGCAGGAGGAAGUGCCAGCUCUGGGGCUGAUUCAGGCGGGGCAGCAAAGCUGAAAGGGCAAGAGGCGCUUGACUACCUGUACCUCCCUGCAAGCGCGGCCGCAGUGCCUGAUUAUCCGAUGAGACUGGUUGAGGCAACAGCAUAUGGCGUGCAGGCAGGAGCGCAGGUCGUGAAGGCAGGUAUGGAGGUGGUGGAAGGGGUGGGGGAGGUGGCAGAGGAGAGGUUGAAAGGGAAUGUAGGGCCACGCUUUGGAGCAGUCAAGUCAUCAGCUACUGAGGUGUUGGUAGGGAAGAUUGUGGGAGGGGCCAGGCAUGUUGAGUUGGCAGCAGCAGAGGCGAAAGGGAUGUUGAAAUCAGCAGCAAAGGUGCUGUCAAAGGAGAAAACGGACGGGCCAGCAGCUGCAGAAGCAGAGGAAGGGGUGAGUCAGGGGGAGGUAGCUACAGAGGCAGAUACACCAGAAGCAGCAGAUGCAACAAGAGUUAAACAGCGACUGGCGUUCAUGAGUCUGGGCAAGGGGAAGGAACAAGCACAUCUGCCGGAGUCGAAACAAGAUGAGAAUGAUGGUGAGGACAUGAAGGGUGUGUAUGGUGGGGGGGGAGAGGAUAGGAGGCCAGAGAGGCUGGUUCAAUGGGCCAGUGGGGAGGAGAAUCACAAAGGACUUGAGACGGAUGAGGUUACUGAGAAGGCAGGGAGCCUUUCACGUGUGAGGGAAGAAUCAGAGGAGGAGAUGAAUGAGGGAGGGGAUGAAGGAGUGGAUCAGGGUAGCUGCAGUGAUGCAGGCAGAGGACGGAGUGCAGUCAUGGAUGCUGACGUGACUGAUAGUGAUGCUGGGAGAGGCGGUGGUGAUGAGGCAAGGAGAGCUGAGAAGGAGGAGAGUUUACAGACGGGUGCUGCUGCCAGGGCGGCUCCUGGAUCUACUGCUGGUGCUGCCACAGAUAGCAGCAGAUCGACAGGAAGCAGGCUCAAGUCCAGCAGCAGCUUCAAAGUGUCAUUGAGAGCAGCCGCUGCACGGAUCAUAAAACCCGCUGCUCCUAAGCCCAACAGACCCAAAUUCUCCGAGGUGGUUGCUGGUGCCGUGGCUGGUUCUGCUGCCAUGGUCGUCGGUGCUCCUGUGCCCGAGACCUCAGAUGCUCCUGUUCCUGUAUCCACUGCUGCUCCUGGUGAUCCCAUGUUGAUAGCAACAGUGGCAGCAACAAAGACCGAGCCAACUGUUCACCUGGAUUCCCUCUCCUCCUUUCCACCCCUCAAUCACAACCGUAUCGAAGCCACUCGACCACCUGCUGCAUCAAUAGCAGACCCCAACACUCGUAGUGCUGCUGCUGCCUCCCUCUCACCCUCCAGCCGCAGCCUGGGCGAAUCAAGCAUUGACCACAGCAGUAGUGAGCUGCAGUUACCAGUGAGUGUCCCUCCUUCUGAGUCAGCAGAGUUGGAACACCACAGGUCGCGCUCAACUGAAGUUGCUCCAGCAGUGGCAGACCUAGCGACAGGAGAAGCAGCUGGCGAAGCAGCAGCAUCUGAAACACCAGGCACCCCUGCUGUGCAUAUCGCUGACGAUGACCCGCCUUCAAACAACUUCCAACCGUCUCCUGAACUCGGUGCAAGGCCUACCCGAGGCCGUGUGACCUGGAAAGGUGUUGUGGGCCAGGUUGGUGUUGGCGCCACUGCUGCCGUGGUCAACACAGGGAAGAGAGUGACAGGAGCGGCAUCAGUUUUACACUCCGCUGCCGCUGCAUUCCUAGACGGCACUUCAGAGAAAGUUCAGGAGAAGUUUCACGAGGCCCAGGAGGCCUUUGAGGAGGCAGAGGAAAGGGUGGAGGAGAGACUGGCUGAUGAGGGGUUUAAAGCGCAAGUGGGGGCGAUGAAGACAGUGCGCUCUAUGGAGUCAUUCUUUGGGAGACAGGCGGAUAAGCUGAUGGAGGCCACCCGCGUUCCUGACAUGGUCAAGUCUGCAACAGCUGCAGAGCUCCGGGCACACUGGCCCCAUGACAGCUUCAGGCUGCCAUCGUCGAGAAGCGAGGGGGGAGAGAUGGACAGGGAAGGGGAAGGGAAUGAGUUGAUGCCCGUGCCCACGUUUGAAGAGCUUCAGAGCAUGGCGGGGGCGGGUAGCAGCUGCUGA